UAGUUUCGUGCUCCUCCCAGUUGUACAAGAGGAUGUGGCUCUCCGGGCUUUUUGACAAAAACGGCAAGGACGGUGCGAAAAGACCGAGGGUGUAUAUAUUAUUUUGUACAUGUACGUGUACACUAUAAUUUAGCGCAUAUCUGAAAGUGUAUUUUUAGUAACUAUAGAAAUUGUGAAAAGGUGACCUUGUUGGGAUCUGCGUUUCAAUUACGUUGUGGAUUUAUGCAUGUACCAAUGAGGAUGUCUAUUGUUUCAUAUCUGGUGCUUGUGCUGCUGGAGUGUUGUUGGGAAGCGCAAUCUGUGCAGCUCUCAUAUUCCGUGUUUGAGGAAGUGGAUGUGGGGACUUCUGUGGGAAAUAUCGCUAAGGAUUUAAAUCUCAGCCUUCAGGAAUUGGAAUCUCGCAUGUUUCAGAUUAUCAGCGGCUCUCAAAGAAAAUAUUUCGAGGUAAAUCUAAAAACCGGUGCUCUCUAUGUUAAUGAGAGAGUAGACAGAGAGGAGCUCUGUGCGAAGACCCUAAAAUGCACAGUCAAUGUAGAAGCUGUGAUAAACAAUCCCUUAAAGCUCUAUCGCGUAGAAAUAAAUAUUCUAGAUGUCAACGACAACGACCCGUUAUUCACGGAAAGGUCUCAGAUUAUAGACAUAGCAGAGAAUACUCUGCCUGGGAUGAAAUUCGCUUUGUCUGAGCCUAUUGAUGCAGAUGUGGGGGAGAAUAUGGUUAACGCUUUUAAGCUGACGCCGAAUGAAUAUUUUUCUCUCGCUACAAUCAAAGGCGGAGAAAGCGUCUAUGCCGAACUAGUCUUACAGAAAAUGCUGGACAGAGAGAAGCAGCCUGUGAUAAAUCUCACAGUGAUUGCUGCAGAUGGAGGGACUCCAUCCAGAUCUGGCACGUCACUAGUUAUUAUACAUGUUUUAGAUAUAAACGAUAACCCACCAGUGUUUAGUAACCCCUUGUACAAAACUCGUUUAUUCGAGAAUACACCAAUCGGGACAAAUGUGAUUACGCUAAAUGCAACAGACGCAGAUCAGGGAACAAACGGUGAGAUAAUGUAUUCUUUGAGAAGUAAAGGGCAGGAUCGUAUAUUAGAGAUGUUUCACAUUGAUCCUGUAAUGGGGGUGAUCACAGUCAAAGCUAAUGUUGAUUUUGAGGAAUAUACAGCGUUUGAGAUCCGCGCAGAAGCUAACGAUAAGGGCCAGCCACCGAUGUCUGCUCACUGUAAGGUGCUGGUUGAAGUAAUAGACGUAAAUGACAACGCUCCGGCGAUAACAGUGACGUCACUCCUCAGCAGCGUAAAGGAGGACGCAGGUGUAGGUACUGCGAUAGCACUUGUUUCCGUACUCGACCGCGAUGGAGGUAAGAAUGGUGAAAUUAAAUGUAAAAUAAAAAAUGAUGUUCCCUUUAAACUAGAAACCAACUACAAAAACUAUUAUUCUUUAGUCGUUGACGGGGCCCUUGACAGAGAAAUUACCUCCCAAUACAACGUUACAGUUUCAGCGACCGAUGAGGGAAAGCCUGUGAGAUCUGGCACCAUGCAGAUUUUUGUGAAUGUCAUAGACGUUAACGAUAACACGCCUUCAUUUAGCAAGCUGCUUCAUAAAGUAAUCGUCAGUGAAAGUGUGCCUAUAGGUACAACAAUACUCAAAUUAAAUGCAACAGACUUGGACGAGGGUUCAAACUCAGACGUCAGGUAUUCUUUAAUGAAAAGAGGAAAUGUAGAUUCCCCUGAAAAGUUCAUUGUUAUUCCUGAGAGCGGUGAAAUCAUUGUGAAGGAGCUGGAAACCAGGGAUCUACGUAUUAUUUCGAGUUACAGUAAGAAAUAUUUUGACGUUAAUUUAAGAACCGGAAGCCUCUUUGUUAACGACAGAAUUGACAGAGAGGAGCUUUGUCUGAGCACGGUGCAGUGUUCCCUAAGAAUACAGGCUGUUUUAAGCAAUCCAGUGAAUGUGCAUCGCAUCGAAGUGACCGUGUUAGAUAUAAAUGAUAAUUCACCAGAAUUCAUUGAAAAGUCAUUUUCGUUAAAUAUAUCUGAAACAGUCUCAGCGGGAGAACGAUACCUACUGCCUAUAGCGGAAGAUGCAGAUUUAGGCAGUAACUCGGUGAAGGCCUACAGGCUGAAUCAAAAUGAACAUUUUUCACUUGAUGUACAGAGCGGUGAUGAACAUGCAAUUUCUGCUGAAUUAGUGCUGCAGAAAGCUUUGGAUCGAGAAAAGCAGUCGGUAGUUAAUCUCAUUCUGACCGCUGUAGAUGGAGUAAAACCUGCCAAAUCAGGCACACUUCAAAUAACAGUAAACAUAAUAGAUUUCAAUGAUAAUGCACCGGUGUUUAGCAAAUCUCUCUAUAAAGUGAGAGUGACAGAAAAUUCUACACCCGGAACCCUUGUGGUUAAGUUAAAUGCCACAGAUUUAGACGAGGGCAUGAACAGUAAACUACUGUAUUCUUUCAUCAAAAGGGGCAGCAGUGAUCCAUCAGAUAUUUUUGAUCUCAAUUCAGAAACAGGAGAAAUUACAGUGAAAGGUGGAUUGGAUUAUGAAGGGACGCAUGCUUAUGAAGUCAGAGUACAAGUAAAAGAUCACGGCAUCUCUCCUCGUAGUGCGCAUGCUAAAUUACUGAUUGAGAUCGUUGAUAUGAAUGAUAAUCCCCCACUGAUAUCAGUGACGUCACUAAUGACACCGGUAAAAGAAGACGCUGAACUGGGGACUAUCGUUGCUUUGAUUACAGUAAGUGAUAAAGAUGGAGGGAAAAAUGGUGUAACCAGCUGUAAGGUAGUUGGAUCUGUUCCGUUUAAACUCAAGUCCAACUACAAAAAUGAUUAUUCUUUAGUUGUAGAUGGACCGCUGGACAGAGAAACCACUUCUGCUUAUAAUGUCACCAUUACAGCUACAGAUGAAGGA